ACACAUACGAAAUUUAUUUUUCAAGUUGCUGAAAGCACGUGCAAAGAAUAUGUAUUGUACAUAGACCUCCUUUGGCACGUGCGAGUGAGUAAACUGUAUUAGAUUAUAGUUGAUUGUGUCGACCAAUAUACCUGCGAAAGAUAUGGAAGUCGAAUGUGAAUUAAAAGUUUCAAAGAAAUUAAGUAAGAAAAAGUGUCCAGCAUAUGUAUGUGUUUUUCAACAACACUUGAAUCUGGACUCUGGAAGUGUUACAUUUGAAUCUUAUAGUGCUGGUGAUGCGACUAAUUUUAAUCGUGAUGCUAAAAAACUAAUCGUAGCUAAAGCUGGAUUAGCUACUUUCACUGGAUCCUCAUCGAUGAAGGAACGUAGGGAAGACUCUCUUAAUAAUCGUUAUUUCGUAGGUGUACGAAAUAAAAGAACUGGCCAAAUGAAAUUGUAUGAAACUCUCCUCAUUGAUAUGGAUCCUACAUUGAAUAUUUGCCCUGCAGAUGAAAUUACAAAGGCUCACAGUUAUAGUGAAGCUGUAAGCAAUCUAACGGCUAGUUUUGGGAGCAAAAUUCAAAAGCGUGCAUUAAAUCAACAUCACAGCUUUAAAGUGGAAACAUCAGAUUUCAAUGAGACGCUGGAUGAGAUGUCAUUAGGGGAUAUUUCGUUAAAUAUAACAGAGUCACAUAAUACCUCGCAAUCGAUUGACUAUAUCCCUCCUCAAAAUCGCAAUACAAUCACUGUUACCGAUGUGUAUAAUGUGAGUGAUAUAAUUACUCCUGAAGAAGACUCAGCUCUUGAUGAACUUGCUGCAAAUUUUAUUAAAGCAACAGCUGAUGAUAUAGAAGUAUGGAAAAAAGAGAAUCGUUAUUGCAAGUAUGUUCUUUCUCAUCUCGACGGAGAGAUAAAGCUAGAACAUGAAAAGGCAAAAUAUUUAGUUUACUACAAUUAUUUGCUUUCGUUCCUUAAAUUAGGAUAUACAGAUAUUCGGAAAAAAGAUCCUGCUACUCAUAUUCCUGAACCAUUCAGAAGUAAAUUUCUUAAUGUGUUUACAUUAGUUUCUUCAACAGAAAGUAAGAAAUCGUAUCGAACCUUUCCACAACAGAUGAAAGAUAAAUUAUUAGCUCAUCUUUUAGUGCUUGCAUUAUUUAUUGAUGCUUUUACUACAAACGUUGCUUUGAUUCACAGUGAUCUUAGAAUUGCAUUAAAUAGGGUAGUAAGUGUUUUUCAGGCACUGGGAUGCCAUGUUAGUAAUAGAAAACUCAAUGAUAGCAUGAUUAAAACUGCUGAAUUGAAGUUUCCUUUAUACAUACCAGCAAAGUAUUCUAAAAAAUAAUAUUACAUGUUAUGAUGACCUUUUCUGUUCUGUUUUUUUUAAAUUCAUUCUUGUUGAUUAAUUUGUCUCUUUUUUUUAAUUCAUAUCACAUAUUCAACUAUUGUUUUAAAUUUAUACAUUAUGAAUAAUUUUUAAUGUAACAUUAGUUCAGAUAAAAAAUAAUUAUUCAAUUUCACAUUACAAUGGAUUGUAGAAAUGUAAGAAAGUUUUAUACUAUGUACAUACAUAGAGCAUUAAAAUUUUAUUUGAAAAGCA